AUGACAUAUCGCGGCUCGAUGCCCCAUGGACAAGGCUCGGGGUUCAAUGGCCAGCAACAGCAAACUCAAUAUCCUCAGGCCGUGAACAAUGGCUACGACGCCUGGGGCAACCCGCAGUUUCAGCAGCCUUAUCAAAACGCUGUUUUCGCCUCGACUCCCUAUCCGCCUCAACCGCAACCUCAGCAACAUCCUCACCAGUACAAUGCGCACCCGCACCCGCAGCAGCAAUCGCAAAAUGCGAACUACCAAUUCCAUUCGUACGACCCCUCCCUCGGCCAGCGGCCUAUCCAACCCUCACCGCAGAACGGCGUAAAUUUGCAUACCAUGCCACACCCCACCCAACAUACUACUCCCCAACGCCAAUAUGUCCAACAACCAGAUUGGCAGCACAUGCCGCCGCCGAUGCCGAUGCCUUCGCCGUCCUAUCAGACCCCGCCGCCGCCGCAGAUGACGCCGAUGACACCGGUACCGCCCCAGGGUAUGCCUCAUCCUCAACACCAACCCCAACCACAGCAACAAUACCGGUUUCAGCACCAACACCCACAUCAACAGCACCAACAGCAGCAGUACCAACGGCAAUACCAAUCACCCGUACCUCGACACGUCGGUUCUCCUGUCACCGCCCAAUCCCCUCAGUUACCGCCACAGUUUGCGCCACACCCCGGUAAUAGACAUAUGAGUACAGGUACCCGAAUAGAUCAACGAGCCAGUCCUAUAUCUGCAAGUCCUCGACUCGGUAGUCACGGCGUUGCGAGGAGUCCUAGUGUUGGAUCGACAAGGUCGCCUGCUCUGACACCAGGGCUCUUACCACACCAUGCCGAUACCAAUUCCCUCUUAAUAUGUAUCGCAGAAGAAUACUUUGGCAAAGCGCGGGCGUCGACCGUGUCUAUGGUAGAUAAUAUCGAUCCUCAGAGCCUGAACGAGUAUCAGAAGCUUGUCGCGACGGGAUUAGGCUGUCUCGAAGCUGUUUUAGAGAGUCCAAAAUUGGCACCGCGGUUGGAAGCUAGGAUACGAUUCCGAUAUGCCAGUAUAUUGUCCGAGGAAACAAACAAUGUGAUGGAGGCUGAGACUGCCCUGACUAAGGGUAUCACGCUUUGUGAACGAAAUCGAUUUGUCGACCUAAAGUAUGCCAUGCACUUUCUUCAGGUCAAAUUACUCUUCUCGCAGCAGAAAGUAAAGGCAGCUAUGAUUGCCGUAGACGGCCGGAUAAGGGAUGCUGAAGUGGUGAAACAUUGCCAUUGGAUUUACGCUUUUCGCUUCCUCAAAACUUCCAUGUACCUCCAGUCUGCUAACCCUGCUGAGACGCACGCACUCGACAACCUAAAAGCCAUUGCCAAUCUAGCUAACCAGAGGAACGAACAUGCGAUCUUUGUAGCGGCCUCAUUACUUGAGGGCCUCAGUCUUCUCAAGACUAUGAAGGACGACGCUAUAGUUCGCGUACAAGCCUGUAUUGCUCAAGCCCUAAAGUAUCAGUUUGAGGAUUCGGUUCGCAUACCGCAACUCGAUGCUUUAGCCCUCAUGCUAGAUCUCGCCUGUAGUUUACACCAAAAGUCGGUCCAGGUAAUCAUGCAGAAAUUGAAAAAUCUCCAGGAUCACAUGGACACUUAUAUGAACGACAACUCUUGGCAUCCCAUAGAAUCGCAACUCCUUCUGCCCAUUCGCAAUAGCAAUAUAAUGACGAUCAGCCAUGAUACAGCGGCUAUAUUGAGACCUGGACCUGAUGAUGGCUUCUACGACUAUCUGGUUAUGUCGUUCUGGAGCAAGUUAGAAGCUUACAAUGUCACAUAUACGUAUAGCGGCCUUGCGCUCUUGCACCAAUCUCCUCGCAACGACAAGAGGAUAUUUAGACUUUGGGAGGAAGCCAUAACCCAACUGCAAAAGAAUGGUGUUAGACUACAGGGGCUACCAAAUUCGUUAGCGGAUGCUGUUACGAAAGCGGACUGGCAAAGAGAAUGGAUGUGUUAUCUCUACAUCCUCCAAGGUCUGCACUUUGCAACCCACACUCGAUGGCCUGAGGUUAAGAAAUGUGUGGCAAAAUUAGAGGAUAUGGUUAAGCCUCCUCUUGGGGCUAUUGUCGUGCUAUACUCGACAUAUCUUGCAGGAGUGUAUCAUCAAGGGACUGGCGAUCUAAAAACCGCCAACUCAAUUUUCGGCAACCCAAUCUUUAGCCUGGACAACGACAGCGGAAGGGGCGGAAAUCGAAAAGCAGCCGAAGUUGACGUGUCACUACUGGCGACCUUCAACCGAAUCUGGAUCAUGCAGCAUCCGGAUUACAGAAACGACCGAUUGACAAUUGAGCUCCUGGAGCAACUCCGUCCUCUCUGUAGCGAUCACCCUAACGUGGAGAUCCGCACAUCGUACAAUCUGGUGCUAGCGGCGGUCCAGACGAACCCGCCCAUCCCGAUGACGGCAGUCAAGAUGCAUAUAUCUACGGCAUUAAAUAGCGCCCAGUCCCUAGGUAACGUGCAUACGUUGUCGAUAGCGCUCAACGUCAUGCGGGCCAAGCUCUUCCAGAACAUCGUAGGCGAUCAGGCGCUAAAGAGCGCGAAGGCGGCUUCGAAUCAGGCGAAGAGGAGCGGUAAUACGCUGUGGAUGAGUGUGGCGGAUGGCAUGCUUGCCCAGAGCUUCGAUGUUCAGGGACAGGCCCUCGACGCGCAGAAGGCGUGGAGUGAUGCGACGCAAUAUGCACGGCAGGCCUUUAAUAUGAUGGGCCAGGAGGGCUCGGCCUGA